CAAGCCAGGCAGUGAAAAAUAACAGCUGGGAGCAGAAUCGCUUGUCGACGGCGUGGAGAAAUGCGCGAUGUGAACGGAGGUUCUCCGGCGCGCGCGAGAAUUUCGGUGCGCUGCGCUUCGCAGGCAGUGUGGCCCUGGCGUAAGGUUGUGAGUUUAAGUACUGGGUGAUGCACAAUAAACAUGCCUACAGUACUCAGGGGAAGGUCUUUUUCACAGUAAACAUUCUGACUUGUCAUAUUAGGAGGAGCACUGGUGUUGCUAAUAACACUAAUGAUGGCCCAACUCUAUUCAAGUGCUUCAGUGAGAGGGAGCUAGCAUGCAGGAUAUAAUGGUCCUGAAAUCAAAGCAGCUACAUGUAAUUUAGCCACAAUUAAUUUCUUUAUUUACACCUUUGUUGUUUCCUCUGUGACAUGUCAAAAUGUCUCCCGUGAAAAAGACCUAUUGUACUGUGUGGUUUAGAGACACAUGGUUUUCAACAUAGUUUUGAUUUACGAAGUUUAAGUUUUUGUCAAUGCAUUUCUGCUGACAGCCCAUCCUGUAUUUCUCAUUUGUCUUUCUGCUCUUUCUAUUUUCAUCCUCCUCUUUUUUCCGUAUAUGUUUUUUUUCUUCCUCCUCAAAAUGCCCAGCCCUGACUCACUGCUACACAGCAGCUAUCAUAACCAUUUGUUUCCUGAAAGGUUGCUGUGUUUCCAUGAUGACAACAGAAGUAUUUCUCCAGCAGCUGAUCUCAAAUCCUGACAGACUAAACUGUUUAGUGGAAGAAGCAAAAGAGUUGGCUUUUCAACAUGGGCUUCUUAUGCGCACACUUGAGACCCCCAAUUCAUCUGAGGUCGUGACCUACGCCCCAUUUACACUCUUCCCCACUCCUGUGCCCAGAGCCGCCCUCCUCCAGGCUCUGGAUGUGCAGACUCACCUCAACACAUUGGUGGACAAGAUCAGCCAGGACCCAGACUUUCUGGAAGAGGCUCUUGCAGGAGCUAUCCAGGCAGAUGAUUUUACAGCUAAGUUGUUUGGCAUAUACAGACAAGUGCAGCAGGAAGGUUGGAGACAGUCCAUAGUGGUGGGUUUAAACCGGUGUGACUACAUGGUGGAUCAGAGGGAGGAUGGGACUCCUUCCCUGAAGCAGAUAGAGAUCAACACUAUUGCUGCUGGUGCUUUUGGCAUGGGUGACUGUCUCCCUGUAGUGCACAGGCACAUACUGAGGUCAGCUGGUCUUUUGGAAGAGAGUGAGUGCAUUCAGGAUACCAACACCACUCCUGGAAUGAUGGCUGCUCUCGCCAAGGCAUGGGAGCUCUACGGCCAACAGAAGGCAGUAAUCCUGUUUCUGGUUGAGGAUGUCCAGACUUCCAAACUUGAUCAUCGUUACAUUGAGAAAGAGCUCUGGAACAGGAAUAUUCCAGUUAUCCGCAGAAAGUUUGAGGAGGUGUCCAGAGGAGGAUCUCUUGAUGCCAACAAAAACUUGUUUAUAGAUGGGCUGGAGGUAGCUGUAGUGUACUACCGCUAUGGCUACAUGCCAGAUAACUACACUGAACAGACUUGGGAUGCUCGUCUUCUGGUGGAGCGCUCUCUGGCUGUGAAAUGUCCAGAUAUCAGCACUCACCUGGCUGGAACCAAGAAGGUCCAGCAGGUGCUCGCCAGACCUGGAGUUCUGGAGAAGUUCUUCCCAGACCAGCCCCAAGUAGUGGAGCAGAUCAGAGCAACAUUUGCUAGCCUCUACACUCUAGACAUGGGUGCAGAGGGUGACCAGACAGUGGCCAUGGCUUUGGCCAAUCCAGAUGAGUUUGUCCUGAAGCCUCAGAGAGAAGGAGGAGGGAACAAUUAUUUUGGAGAAGAGAUUGUACGAGUACUACAGGAGGUUAAAGGUGACAAAAGGAGAGCUGCUUAUAUUCUGAUGGACAGAAUCCGACCCAGAACAGAACAAAACAUCCUGCUGAGGAGAGGACUUCCUCUCAAACUCUCCACUGUUUGUAGUGAAAUAGGAGUUUAUGGAGCCUAUGUGAGGCAUGAAGGAGAAAUGGUCCUCAAUGAGGCUGCUGGUCACAUUUUGAGGACAAAGAGCACCAAGCACAACGAUGGAGGCAUUUACAGUGGGGUUACUGUGCUUGACAGUCCAUUUGUCAUCUGAACUCUCCUCCUGAUAUCUAUGGAGGCCCUGAUCUAUUUCAUGUCUGUUUGCAUGUGUUUUCUUAGUUGCAGUGCAUUGAGCUCUCAGGGCCACUGUAGAGCACCAACCUGAAGCAGGAAGUCAAUAUUUUUCACCAAAAUGCUGCAGCUUGCAGUUCCACAGGCUGAACACUGGGUGGCAGUAAAACCAAAGGCAUGUUUCUCAAAUAUAGUUAAAAACACCAGCAGAUUUAAAAAGUGGCUUCAGAAACUAAUUCCCAGUAUAGAGAAAUGGAGGGAACUAAUGGAAGAAGUAAAAGAAAUGGAGCAGUUAACAUAUAACAUUAGAGGAAAUCCAGGAAUGGGACGCAUACUGUGGACUAAAUGGGAGAGCUACACAAAAAGUAGGGGGGAAAUGACAUAACAUUAAGAUCUUGCACCUCAGCUUAAUAUUAAAAAAACAACAAUUUAACCAGACAUCCAGACCGCCAAUAGAUUGUUAUGGUUAUAGAUUGUUAAAAUAAUAAUUAAGAAAGGAAUAGAUAAAGUGCUCCCCCUUUGGUUGUUGAAACCCAUAAGAACCUGGACCAAUUUCUCCUUAAAGGAAAAUUAUGGGGGGCAUAAAACAGACUAAGUAGACCACAUAGAACAUAUUUCUGACAUUUUUUUCAAAAUACCCCCCCUCACUGUCAGAGAUCUGUAAUGUUACAUAUAUGUCACAUUGGGUGUUAAGAACCUGGAUAAUUUAUCCAUCAAGGAAAAUUAUGGGGGACAUAAAAUAGACUAAAUAGACCAUAUAGAACACAUUUCUGACAUUUUUCUCAAAAUAACACUCAUUAGUGUCAAAGAUCUGUCAAUGGGUGUUAAUGAUAAAUUCAUUCCUCUUUUGAAAAUAAAUCAGCCUUAGUCUUUUUUGGUUUGAUAACAAAGCUUUGUCUUUUUAUUUGGGUUUCCACAAUAUCAUAACUUUACCUCUUAGGUUUAACAACAAAAUUUUGAUUUAUUUCACAAUACAAAAAUUUGCAAAUUGAAUUAAAAAAAGACUGCCUCAUCAUAUUGGAGGUCUUCUCAACAAGCCAUUGUAGCUGUAAAAAAAACUGAGCUACAGUCUUUUUCUGGUCAUGUUUUUCUGUUUGGUAACAAAGAUUCUUACUUUACCUCUUAGGUUUAACAACAACAUUUUCUUUUCAUAUUUGUUUUACAACACACAAAUGAAUACAUUUGCAAAAAUUUGCAAAUUGAAUAAAAAUAAAAACUACUACUGGGUAGCUGUAUUUUGCUGUCCAGGGUUCAUCUUUGGUUGAGGUACUUCAUCUAAAUCACCUGAUUCACUGCAGUCUGAAUCACUAGACUCACUUGACUUGUCAUUCUCCAUGUCUUUGUUGCUGGGAGUGUAAUCAGGGUCCUCAAGGUCGUCAUCUGAGCUACUUUCACAUCCCUCAAAGUCACUGUCGUUGGAUGACUGUCAGUGCAUCCUGAACACUGUAUCGCUUCUUAUCCAUAAUGCAGAUAAAAUUAAAUUACAAUUUUCAAUUAAUCUUUUCAAUUUUUAUUAUUUAUUUAUUUUCAUUAAAUUUUCAAAUGAUAUAGGGUAGAACAAAGUGAUAUAGGGUCUGUUUUUUUUUAUUCACUGAUGGGUAAAAAUGGUUUCCUUAUAUAUUUUGUUAAUAAUUGGAUUCAUGUAAUGUGAUUUUUUGUUUACAUUUGUUUUAAUAUGCUUUGAAUUGAACAAUAUAAAAUGUAUUAACUAAAUAUCAUUGAAAAAGUUAAGUUAACUGAGCAGAUCAUAAAAAAAUUUCUUAUUGUGACAUAUAUGUCACAAUAGGUUUUCCAUGACAAUUUUAAGGUUAAAGGUCCGAUGUGACAUAUAUGUCACAACGAUAUUUACCUGACUUGUUUUAUAUCAAUUUGUUCAUGAAAUGUGUUCACAACAGGUUAAAUGUAAUAAAGGACUUGUUAUGUAAGCAUUACAAUUC